AAUAGCUUCUAAUUUAUUUAUUUUCACUUUGUUCAAAUUUAUUUAUUUUCACUUCUAAUUCUAACUAUCCAGAGAGCAAAUAAAUAAAGCAAGAAAAAUGGAAGGUGCCAAGGAUCUUCAUCGGGCGAACAGAUAAAGAAAGGGAGACUGAGACUGAGAAUGGUCGUCCCAGCGGCGGCGUUUCAGCCCCGUCUACUCUCUGCAUUUGUUGGAGACGGUAGCUUCCUAUCUUCAGCCAAUUCACUUCACAGCCUCUUCAGCAGCAUACCAGGAAAAAAACAUGUGUCAAUGCCAACAUUGAGAACGUUUUCGGGUUUGUCAGAUUUUUUAUUUAAUAAAAGAAAAGUUGAUGCUGUUCCUAGUGAAAAGCGUGAACCUUUGAAGCCAGGGAAAGUCUCUCCAUAUAGACCAGUUCCUGAUCAUAUACAAAGGCCCCCAUAUUUGAAUUCAAAGAAACCACCUAAGAUUUCCGGUGCACCACAAAUACAUGAUAAGAAUGGGAUAGAAAGCAUGAGAUCUUCUGGGAGGCUUGCUGCAAAGGUCCUUCAGUACGCGGGGACUUUAGUCAAGCCAGGCGUCACGACAGAUGAAAUCGAUCAAGCAGUUCACCAAAUGAUCAUUGACAAUGGAGCAUAUCCAUCACCUCUUGGUUAUGGCGGAUUUCCAAAGAGUGUAUGCACUUCUGUGAAUGAGUGCAUUUGCCAUGGAAUCCCUGAUUCAAGGCCACUUAAGGAUGGAGAUAUAAUCAAUAUUGAUGUUACUGUGUAUCUUAAGGGUUACCAUGGUGAUACAUCAGCUACUUUCUUUGUUGGGGAUGUGGAUGAGCAGGCCAAAAACCUUGUUCAGGUAACCAGAGAUUGCUUGGAUAGGGCAAUAUCAAUUUGUGCUCCAGGAGUAGAAUUUAACAAAAUUGGCAAGACCAUACAUGACCUUGCAGAUAAGCAUCAUUUUGGUGUUGUAGAACAGUUUGUUGGUCAUGGUGUGGGACGCUUUUUUCAUAGUGAUCCAGUCAUUCUUCAUUACAGGAACAAUGUCCGAGGACGCAUGGUUCUCAAUCAGACUUUCACCAUUGAGCCAAUGUUGACAAUAGGUAGCAUACACCCUAUAAUGUGGGAUGAUGACUGGACUGUCGUCACAGAAGAUGGUGGCCUGUCUGCACAGUUUGAACACACCAUUUUAAUUACAGAAGAUGGUGUAGAGAUACUUACACAAUGUUAAAGGCCACUGGAAGAAAAAGUAAAGUGUUGCAUUAAUUGCGGUUGUGGGUAAAACCUUAAAACUAUAACAUUUUGUUGACUUUAAAUUUUACUGUAAUCUAUAUAUACUAGGUGAGGGUAUUUAAAGAACAUGUAUGGUGGAUGCCGGACCUCAAACUUUGAGAAGGUUAGCUCGCCAAAGCCGCAGCUUGUAAAAGUUGGCUUGGAAUGACCUCAAUUCACUUGGGCCUGAAAGAUAGCAAUAGGUUUUGUAUUCAAAUUUGGUUGGGGCUGUAGAGACGGUUUUUGUUGAGCCAGUCAGCUAUGUGCAAUCUAGGUUGGUAUGUCUCAUUGUGAUUCUUUGCCGGCUAUAAUCAUAUAUGACAGAUUUACCCAGUAUGCAUCUUCAUGUGGUAGUUUUGGUUCUGAAAUUAACAAAAGGCGCAUGCACAUUUUAUAAUGUAAACAUAUUGUGGUAGAAAUUUUUAAAACA